AUGGAGAUCGAAAAUCAGUCUCUACAUGGUGAACUUCGAACUGCCUUCUACAAUCCACAUGAGGUCAAGCGGCGGCGACGGACCUCUAAGAGCCAGUUCAAGAUUCUAGAAAAGGCUUUUAUUGAAAAUCCGAAACCAGAUGCUAGCACCCGCCGACAUCUUGCUCAAAGACUAUCCAUGAGUCCACGAGGGAUCCAGGUUUGGUUCCAGAAUAGGAGAGCAAAAAAUAAG